AGGGGACUGGAGGUGAGAGCUGUGGAAUUAGCCGCCCAAAGCGCGGGCACCGUUCUAGGUGCUGGGCGUGGCGCCCUUGGUGCAGUAUGCCGGCGAGUUGCUCCGCGCACCCCUUGUGCGCUGCUGCGGUGCUGAAGACGAGGACCGAGAGGCGCGGGUGAGUCCUGCUCCUGAAGAAGCUCUCGGCGUGGAACUGUUCGGCUGGGCCCGAAGGUGUUGAGGCGGUGCUCAAGAGAUCGCUUGGGCGGCGGGCAUUCCGUUUCUAAUGUAUGACCAGCGGGCGUGGGCCGACUCCGUCGCCCGGCGCCGAGAACUCGCGCAGCGCUCACUCUGCGCGCCAGGCGCAGCCCUGCGGUCUUUGCCGCGCCACCGUCCGCUGCGCCGAUCAAUAUCGACCGCGGCAGCCCGCCCAGGGCCCCGCAGGCAGUGUCUAGCCAGCUUUGUGUGCGCCGCCGUUCUCCUUAUCCGCUGGGCCGUCCGCGAAAGCCAGGCGGACGGGCUUGGCGAUGCGCGCGAGAGCUCUACUCCGCCAGACUUCGACCAGGGGUGUGUGGGUAGCGCCCCUUACGCGCCUGCGACGGCUCGUCGGCGGGGCACCGUACUUACACCCUCGCCCCAGCCUUUUUUACCUGUAGAGGAGGAGGUUGUCCUCGCUGCGUGGCUCGAAUGGUAA